CUACUUCGAAUCUGCUAUUAGGCAGUUACAAACACCAUCUGGUAUUAAGGAGGGGCUUUCUCCUCGUCAUGAUAGACAUUUACUUCUAUUCACUUCCAUCGUAGCAAUGCCUCAGAACUGGCAGAAGCUACCACUGCCCGCAAAAGACAACUUGCCUCCACUUCUCUUCAAAUAUAUUUCUAGCUCUCAAGGCUAUGAGAUAUUUCUAACGGACCUAACCUAUAUCUGGACGGAACGUCUCAACCGCAAACAGGUUAUACAAAGAGCUGAAGAGGGGGAGACUAGUGUCGACCCCAGCGAAGAUGCUGAACAAUUCAAGGUUCUCUUGCAAAAAGUAGAAGAUGCCUUAUGUGGCGCUGAAGGGAGCAGCCUCACCCUGAAAACGGGGGCAAAGAGCAAUUCAUUAGAGUUGAUCACGGAAACGAAACUGCCAGCCCCUUUACACGCGCUACAAUGGACCUUAUACAUGACCCGCGGCCCGCAGAGGAGUCUGACAAGAGAGCUUCUCUUACCACUGCUGAGGGAGGAGGCCAACCGCGAAAGACAGCAGAGAUCCUUGCUCGACCACCUGAAAGAAAAAGACUGGGUCAUAGGGAAAAUAUUCGAUAAGAUCGAAUCUUCCGGGCUUGAUUUGAGCACGGUGUUUCCUGGGACAGCGGGUCUACGUGCUGGAAAGAGAGGUACUACGCGAGCACAAGCAGAAAAGCUCAUCAGAGGAGUUGCACCGUUUGAUGAACACGGUUGGAAAAAUGAAGUCAGCAAGGGAAAUGUCGACGCGGAACUCGCUCCGAAAUUGGUUAAAGAGCUUUCGGACACUACAGGCUCCUUAGACUUGAAAAGUCUUGACCUGGCCCUAGAUACGUGGUGGGAAGACGUCAAUGUUGGAAGCCGGGCUCCAGAAUCGCGAGGAGAGAAAAAGAAAACAUCUAAGGCUGAUACCGCGCCUUUAAAGAAGGGAAAAGAGACAAAACAUGACGAGAAUAGCGAUGACGAGUUUCAGCGCCAAGCGACUCCUCCACAUCUAAAACGUGCAAAGGAAGACCCGCAAGAGCGUCCCAUAUCCCGUAGUAAUGCACUAAGCAAGUCACCUACUGUGUCUCCAUCCCUAAGUCCUGAGAAGACCGUACUAAAGCCGAAGCAUAAAGGACUGGGGGUCAUUGGGGGCCCAAAGCCAGCAAAGAGAGAGCCUCCUCCACGCCCUCCAUCUUCUACUGCAUCUGAAGUCUCAGAGCCCGUUCACCGUUCCCCUGUCCCAGAACCCGAUCUCGAUCAGGAGACCGCAUCAGAGGACGAAGAAGAUGCUGAACCACAACCAAGCCUCAAACCGCAAAGAGCAGAGGAAGCACAAGCUCCCAAACCCCGUCCUCGCGGACUGGGCGUGAUAGGUGGAAAGAAAGCAGCAAAAGCAUCCACCCCACCUUCUCCUCCACCAGAGAGAUCCCAAAACAGAGCUCCAUCAGCAACAACAGAUGUUGGCUCAGCAAGCCCGUCACCCCAGAAACUAAAACCUCGCGGCAAACUCGGAAUGAUCGGUGGCGGUGCCCGUAACAAGACAAUCCCUUCUCGGCCUGCGCAUGAUGUUCCUGCGUCUUCUGCUGAGUCGACAGCAUCUGAGGCAGAAGAUGACCUAAAUAGAGUAUCUGCCGCUCCCAAGGCUGGGGCUCUGUCUCGGUCUUCUUCCCCAGCAGCCCCGCCUGCCGUAAAGCAGGAAAAGGAGCCGCAGCGCGAGCUGACGGCGCAGGAGAAGGCAGAUAAGAAGCGCGAGCAGUUGAAGAGGGAGUUAGAGGCGAAGAGCAAAGCUCCCGUGAAGAAGAAAAGGAAAUUUUGAUAGCUCCUUUGAGUUUUUUAUUACUGUUCUGGAAUGUCUCGGAUCUUCUCUGCGUGCAUGCAUUGCAACUCGUAUAUUUCCCUUUCUUUCUUUU